AUGCACGAUGGUAAACGUUCCGUAAUACAUUUACUAGAUGGACAACAACUGGAGCUUAUUAUACAACCACGAUUAGUUGUCCAUGAAUUAUUGAAUAUUAUCGCUAGUCAUGUGGCCUUGAAAGAUGCCGACAAGCAGUACUUUGGACUAGCUUAUGUAGAUCACCUCGAACAGUAUCACUGGUUGCCCACGGAUAGACGGGUCUUGGAAUAUGAAAUCCCUCGAAAAUCUCAUCAGUUACAUGCCGUCUUGGAGUUACACCAUAGUGUAAAGUUCUUUGUUGAUUCAGUACUCACUCUGUGUCAUCCAUCAGCUGUUGAACUCUAUUUUUUGGAGACAGCCAAGCGAUUAGUUAAAGGUUUACUGGAAUUCACGGAUUUGGAAUAUUAUAAGAUUGCAUCCAGCUUCCUACAAAUAUAUUGUGGCAAUUAUGUGAGAUUUCGGAUUAAAAUGACAGUUUACGAAAGCGCAAUUGAUCCAGUCAUUUUCAGUGAUGAAAAAGCACGAUGUGCACUAGCAGAGCUUAUACCAAUUCCAAGUGGGAUACUGCACACAUACGAUAUAUCAUUAGGGGAUGUUGAAAAGAAUGUGAUCGAAUUGUACAAGGAUCUCAGUGGCGUGCCUAAAGGAGUUGCAAUUCUGAACUUUUUACAAACCGCAGAAAGAUCUUCAACUCAUGGAUGUCAUUUUUAUCAAGUGCGCGAUAAAGCUGGCCAGCCGUGGACUGUUGGCAUCAGCAACAAGGGGAUAUUUCAGUAUGAUCCAGCUGACAUCUCCAAACCAAAAAAGAUUUUCAAUUGGUCUUUGUUGGACAAUCUUUAUUACCGGGAUCGGAAAUUCUCGAUCGAAGUACGGAAUACGCGGGUGAUACAAUCAUCCGGCAAUGCAAACAGUAUUUUGGAUAGUACGGGUUGUUUGGAUUCAGAUGAUGAGUUAGCAAAAGCUGUGAGAGAUCCCACGACUCAAGUGUCUAUAUCCAGGCGAUCAAUUGCAUCUUCUGCUGUACAAGUACAUGCUUUCUACUGUGAUACUAACUUUUUGUGCAAAACAAUUUGGUCAACAGCAAUCUCACUCCAUCAGUUUUAUUUGGAUCAACGGACAUGUAUUAGUGCCAAGAGGAUUGUGUCGAAUGAUCCUGGAGUUGAACUGAAGCAACUGGGCGAGAAGCUUUGUCGUCUAAUAAGUCAUUCUUCUGUUGCAUCGUCACUGCCCUCUUUGAAUUCGCUGUUGUCGAAUAGUAUGCCGUCAGCAAAAGUAUCCGAUGGUUCUCUUGUUUCACUGUCAUCAUUGAACGAUAUUCAAAACCGAGAAAAAACACAAGAAGAGAAGCAAAAAGAAGUUGAAUUAUACAGACAGUUGAAGAAAAGGAAAAAUGAACUCGAGGAGAAACUUCUGGCAAAACUUGAUGAAUUACGGGAAGUGUGCAUCAAAGAAGCGGAAAUCACGGGUGAAUUACCAAAAGAGAUUUACAAAACGCUAAUGCCAGGAGAGGAGGAGCCGAAAGUGAAGCGACGUGUUGGAACAGCUUUCUCGCUCAGCGAAGAAGUUUUUAAGAGACCCAUAGAUAGUAAUGAUAGAAUUUCUAUGCUGGAAGCGGAUGUCGAGUUACACAGGAAAAUUGUUGCUGCAGCAGAACGUCUAGCUAAAGAUAAAACAACCAAUAAGUCGGUGAGGAAAAAACGCCAAAAAGAUUUGAUAGCGGCGACUCAAAAAUUACGGGGACUCGAAUUUGGUCUCACGCAGCUCCGACUUUCGGCUAGUAAACCUGAUGUUAGCAGUUCUACUCGUAAUGUUUCUGGAAGUAAAGGACCCUGGCGAAACUGUUCAGAUUAUCAGAUUGAAUCGACAUCGUUAGGUACUCGAAAUGAUUCGAACUCACUAAUCACAAAAUCUUGCCCAGCUACACCACGAGGCUCGUUCCCGGAUUUACUAACCUCUACGGAAAACGAACGAAGUGAAGCAGAUGAUGAUGAUUAUGAUGAUGAUGGAAAGAGGAGAGCGUCCACGGAGUGUGUCCAACGAUAUCCGUCAACAUCAACCUGCUCCAGCAUUCAUUCUGCUCAUCAUCUCAAUAACAAUAAUGCUUUUCUUACUACUGUUGCCGAAUGUGGCUUAUCACUUGGGAACCCGUCUUUUGAUUCCAGAACUUCAAAGCGUGAACCACCUCCACUUCCUCAUCAAACCUGUUAUUUUCUUCCUGAACGUGAAAUAUCCUGGGAGAAGCUGAAGAACCGGAGCGCUGAAAAUCAUCAUACACCAGUAUAUGAAAAUGUUGGUUAUAAGUCGUGUGUCUCUUACAAAAGUUCUUACAGAGAAAUGAAUUACCCUACACUGAAUGACCACACUAAUUGCAAAGAUCGAGUGCAGCGUGCAUUCUCGGAUCACGAUUUACCAGAACAAGGAUCAGUCACAACUAAGAAUAGGGAUAAAUAUGAAUCUCGAAUUAAUUACGCUGUUGGGUGCAGUGGAUCGUCAAGAAACAUUACAACUUACGGGACCGCCUUGAAGCAACCUUCCUGGAAAUUCCAUUUCGGACAGGAAAAUAGCCGGGAUCUUUGUACAAUAGGAGCAGGAACAGGAAGUAGUGAUACCAGUCGACAAGCGGUAAUUCAACACCAACAACAGCAUGAUGAAACCCCAUCUUCAUCAUGUCUUGGAUCGAAGGUGAUGAAUUCCUCAUUGGAGACGUAUCGGCAAAGUAGCAGUAGUUGUUGUAAUAGUCCUCCUGUUACUGGUUUAUUGUUGAAUGAUGGAAAAACACCGCUGCGUUACGCAGUACUUCCGACAUCUCGAUCAUAUAACGAUGGUUUUGCAACAGCAAGUUUGGACAGACGAGCUAUGAAGGAAAGGCAGUCAUCCUGUAGUUCCAUGGGGUAUCACCAGCUCCGAUCAACACAACUGGCAGUCAACGAUACGGUUCGUGAAAUUUGUAUUGGUCAACCAGUAACCCGGCACUCACCUCUGAGCACUUCUCGAUUCACUACCACUUUCCCAGUUUCUGGUCCUGCUAGUGUAGAAAAGAGCAAACCUCUUGUGUCAGCUGAUAUUCAUUACUACCAGCAACGUUCACCGUUACAGCAACGCAACAGUCCGGAACGCAGUGUGACAUCACCGCGGAAUGUGGUUCAGAUUGCCGGAUCCUCGUCAAGUUUACGUCCUCCACCACCUGCUUAUCCAGUCGCUGUACGAAAUGGGAUAUUUGGUGCCAGGAGUCCAUUGGGAGAAGCAAUCACAGUACCAACAGAACCCCGAAUGGAUGCUUUGAAAAAUUAUUACAAAGAUAAAGUGAACGGAAGAAAGAAGAAUGCUACAGCUGUUUGA